AUUCAUCCAUUUCUUCCAGAAGGCUGGGUCGGAUAUCCACCUGGUGCGGAUGAGAAGGCUGGGUCGGAUAUCCACCUGGUGCGGAUGAAAUUGCCUGCCCUAAACCAUCGUCUCUCCCACUACGCUUCUCCAGCGAAAUUCUCCAGCUCAGAUCUCUCCAGCAUAAAUCCGCGAACCCAUCCGUCGUCUCUCAGCUUCCUCGGCUCUCUCACGUUCUGUAACAGAGGAGGAUGAAUCCGUUGAAGAUGGCGAUGACUACUUUGCGACGUGAAGGGAGGCGUUUGGCCGCCGCUCCAUUUGCUUCUCCCACCCCUCUCAUUGCCUUCCGCUCCUCUCUUGGCUCUCCUUCCGAGGAGGUAUGCUUAUCUGGAGUCCGUUUUAUUUCUACUCAAGUUGUUAGGAAUCGGAUGAAGAGUGUUAAAAACAUUCAAAAAAUCACAAAAGCAAUGAAGAUGGUUGCAGCUUCUAAGCUUCGAGCUGUUCAGAGUAGAACUGAAAAUUCACGUGGCCUCUGGCAGCCAUUCUCUGUUCUUCUUAGUGACACUCCAAGUGUUGAUGUGAAGAAGAAUGUUAUCAUUACCAUUUCUUCAGACAAAGGUCUUUGUGGUGGAAUCAACUCUACAUCAGUCAAGACAAGCCGGAACAUUCACAAGUUGAAUUCUGGUCCUGAGAAGGAAAACAAGUAUGUAAUUCUGGGAGAGAAGGCAAAGGCUCAGCUGUUGAGAGAUUCUAAGAAAGAUAUUCACCUGGUUAUGACUGAGCUGCAAAAGAAUCCUCUCAACUAUACACAGGUUUCUGUGGUAGCUGAUGAGAUACUUAAAAAUGUAGAGUUUGAUGCUCUGAGAAUUGUUUUCAACAAGUUCCAAUCAGUCGUCUCAUUCUUACCAACCAUGUCUACUGUAUUAUCACCUGAGGUUCUGUUCAAUGCUGUUCUGGAGAAUGCUUGCAGUGAGCAAGGGGCAAGGAUGUCUGCCAUGGACAGCUCCAGCAGGAAUGCUGGUGAAAUGCUUGAUCGUCUCACCCUUACAUACAACAGAACCCGUCAAGCAUCUAUCACUACAGAACUAAUAGAGAUCAUAUCUGGGGCUUCGGCACUCGAGGGCUGAUUUACCUGUUUGUUACUCUUUAAUUUAUGAUGGUGAUGAAAUAAAACCCUACAGAGGACUGCUGUUGCACUUUAGUUCUCCUUUAGUUACUCGAGCUUUUUAUGGUCAUUAAUAAUCUCGUGUUUCCCCCCGGGAUAAUUCGGUUUUUUUGCUGGGAAUCUUGAUACCCUCUCCCUUGUAUAACCAACCUCCACAACUAUUCUUGCAGAGGGGAAAAUUGUGUUCAUGUUUUGAAGUACAAAGUUUAUUCAACUUCUGAGUAUUAU